AUGCCGCCUUCCGGCCAUGUCUAUGUGGACAACAAGAAGCUACUCGUCUUUGACGAGCAGGGCGUCCAGCCUGAGACGAUCACCUCCUCCCUAAAGCAGCAUCCGAAAGCAAAGGCGGCAGUCGCAUUUGACAGCUCGUUCUUCUGGAUACCGAUAGACGAAGCAAAGGCCGUCGACGCUCAGCAGCGAUUCCUCCUCGAGGCCGUGCUCGACAUCAUCGAGGGCUACCUGCUCAGCAACACCGAGGUUGCCUGCCCCUACCACAUGCACCCAUCCUCUCCCACGCCCUCCAGUACGCCAUCGACCAGAUGCAAACCAACGAGCAGCUCAACUAGCCGCCGGUUCCCCAAACGCAGGCUGGACGCCCGCCCUCAGUCUGCCCAGGCUCCCAGAGCUGUAUACGGCACCGCAUCUCCUUGGCGGACACCAAUUCCAACUGGACAUUUCCAAGGCGCCAGUAGUCGCAUGGUCCGCCAGGCCACCACCUCGCCCGGCACCAAGGCUCGCGUCGUCCAUGUCGCCACACUCCGCCCAGCGCAAAGACGCUCGCGAGUAGAACUGUUGGGUAGAGAAGCAGGCUAUGAGCCUAUAGUUGAUAUACGCGGUAUCAAAAUCAAUGCGACUACGCGGGAAGGCGGCCCAAUGAGCAAGAUCAUCAAGCAGUUGACCGAUGCCGGGCCGCAUCCCGAAGUCACCAGGUCGCCCACAUCAAAAAGAAGGCCGCCGAGUUUGAGAGCAGUGGUGGCGCUCCAGGAAGGCAACUUCGGAUCGAUGGCGUAUUACUCCAACAGCCAGGGUUUUGAAGCUUCGCCCAUGGCUGCUGGUCCUGCGUUCCGCGCCGAAGAGGAACGAAUCAGUGGUACUCCGACCAAGGAGAAGAGCGAGUACAGUGACAAGAACACUGAGUGCUUCUGGUGA